AUGUGUGGUCUGAGUGAGCUUGUCACGUCGUGUCUCACCUCGUCUAAACGGCUCAAUGGGGAAGAUGAAGAAGAGGAAGUCGAUUGUCCGACGUCGUCGAACGCCGUUCUUUGCAAUGGAAAAAGAAAGACGUCGUCGUCGUCGUCGACGCCGACAACAGCUCAACCGUUUCUGAGGGCCAGUCAGUUCACCGGUGUUCCGCCGACAAUCAGGUUUUACACGAAAGGAACCAAGGUGACGAAACCAUCCCGAAAAAUCACAAAUCGCCUAACCUGGUGUCACAAUAGCCUUCUUCCGAUUGUGAUGAGACAUACACUUGCCACUAGUCAUUUUACGAUUGUUGAUGAGACUUUUUUCUAUGUCGGCUAUUGGGGCCGACAUCUCAAAUCUCUGCAAUACCGCAAUCUGAGCCCGUAUCACAAAGUCAAUCAUUUCCCUGGGGCGUUUCAUAUCGGCCGAAAAGAUCGAUUGUGGAUGCAUAUCCGAAAAAUGCAGGAGAGGUUUGGACCUGAAUUCAACAUCAUGCCAUUUACGUAUAUUUUGCCGCAAGACAGGGAAGAGUUGUUGGAAUAUUUGGAUGAUGAGCCACAUCGACAUGUUAUCAUUAAGCCACCAGCGUCAGCUAGAGGAACGGGAAUUCAAGUGACACGCAAAGAAAAGGAGAUUCCUGUGAAUACUUCGCUUGUUGCCCAACACUACGUUGAUCGGCCGUUAACAAUCAACAAAGCGAAAUUCGAUCUGCGCCUCUAUGCAUGUAUUCCGAGUCUCGAACCGUUGCGAGUUUAUAUUUACGAUCAAGGAUUGGUCCGUUUUGCCAGUGUACCAUACUCUUCGAGUAUUUCAUCAAUUUCUAACAAAUAUAUGCACCUGACUAAUUAUAGUAUCAAUAAGCUUGCUGAAAAGGACGGUGUUGCUAAUAAACCAGUUCCGAAAUGGACAUUAACACACCUUUGGGAAUGGCUUGAAGAGCGUAAUGUCCCAUCAGAUGUUGUUAGGAAACAAAUCGAAGAUGUGAUUGUGAAGUCAUUUAUUGCCACGGAAAAGCCUAUUCGGGACCAUAUGGGAAAAUUUUUGGACCACGGAUUCAUUUGCUACGAACUUUUUGGAAUCGACAUCUUGCUCGACGAGGAUCUCAAGCCAUGGCUUCUUGAAGUCAACAUUUCGCCAUCUCUGCAUUCGGGAACUCCACUCGAUGUUGCUGUGAAAGCCCCACUCGCAAAAGAUGUUCUCAACCUUGCUGGAAUCUACGUACCUAAAGAAGACUUUGAUCAUCCAGAGCAUUAUAUUACAAGGCCGCGGAAUGGACCUAAAUCUCGUGAACAGAUAAUAAAAGAAGCGUCUUGGGUGGCGGCGUAUCGUGAGCAACGGAAGGUUGACUCGAGGAUUCUUCGACGGCUGACACCUGAAGAUACCAGAAUGCUUGUCGAGUUUGAGGAUGAGCUCAAAAGAUCUGGAGGCUUCCGUCUUAUCUACCCUACUCCGCAUACAUCUCAUUUAGAAAGAUAUUUCGUUGAGCCUCUUUAUGCGAAUCUAAUGCUUCAACAGUGGCAAAUCGAACAAGAAUUCGAUCGUACGGCUGGCAUUCUGCGACUCGAGCAACUCUGCCGUCAGGGACACCUCAUUGCUGAUCAGAACUCACAAAAGAAAUCAAAUUUCGAACACGAAUAA